UCUUCUACUAAAGGACAGAAGAAUGAAAGAAUGGCUAUUCAAGAGAAAGCUAGAGGGGUCCCUUCUUCGGUGCUAAGACCUUCGGUUAUAGCUGCAAGAUAUUAUUGCCCUUUCUAGGGUCGUGAACAAACAGUUGCUUCGUGGCUGAGAUACAAAGUGCGGUCUGUUUUCUGUGCAGUGAUAGUGAAAUCGAAUACUGUAGUUUCAUUUCAUCUUACCAUAGCAAUGAAACGUCGUUUGGAAAAUUAUGAAAUUGAAAGGCAGCUGAUAUUCGAUUCUGAUUCGGACUGCUGCACAGAAGAUGAAGAUAAUGAUUGGGGCUAUGAAGAUGAGGACGAUGAAGAACUCGUGCAGCCACCGCCAUCAUCACUAUCAUCAUUGUCGUCUUCACCAUCAUUAUGGGGACCACCACAACAGCAUGGCAGAAGGGGUGCGAAUAAUUUUUCUGGUGGAGCAGUGGGGAUAAAUCUAAACGAAGCUCCACAUGUGAAUAAGGAUUCCACUCCACUCUCCGUGUUCAAGUUAUUCUUCACAGGAAUUAUCCAUCUGCUGGUGGAAGAGACUAACAAAUAUUAUCACCAAUAUCUCAACAGCCUUGAAGAUGGACCUUCUCCACUCCCCUGACAUUACCGAUUCCGAAACGUUUCUUUUCUUAGGGAUCAUUAUUCAAAUGGGCCAUGACAUUAGAGACCGAAUAAGAGACUACUGGGCGACUGCUGAGCAAUUUCUCAUGUCUUUCUAUGGUAGGACAUUGAAAUGCAACCGAUUUCUUCAUAUUCUUCGCUUCCUUUACUUUACAGACAACAGUGCAGGAAUUGACAGACAAGCCAACAAUUAUGACCGACUAUGGAAAAUUUGGACUAUUUUUGACACUCUAAAUGACAGAUAUGAAAAAUAUUAUAAUCCUUCGGAGCAUCUGGCUGUUGAUGAAAUAAUUGUAAAAUUCAAAGGGAGAGUUAUUUUCAGACAAUACAUUCCUAAGAAACACAAACGUUUUGGAAUCAAAAUCUUCAAGCUCUGUGAUUCAGCACACUAUACAUACGACAUGAAGGUUUACUUAGGUAAAGACAGAACAUGCACUGACCAAGAAGUGACAGUGACGCAUGCAGCGGUCAGGGACCUCUGCAAAAGAGUCGAGGGGGUUGGGCACAAACUGUACAUGGACAAUUUCUUUUCAUCGCCAGACUUGUUCGACGAACUAAUGACGAAAAAAAUAAACUGCUGCGGGACAGUCAGACCAAAUCGGAAGGGCCUACCACAA